CCCUCCAAGCUGCUGGAGCGGCUCGACGUGGACGCCGACCUGCAGCAGUCGGGCCGCUGCAUCUACAACUGCAUCAAGAAGCUCUACGCGCUGAUGGGGAGCCUCGCUCACGACCUGCUGGGAGAGUCGGCGGACCAGCAGGAGGACCUGGCAACGCUGCCCAGCGCCGAGAACUCCCUCACCUCCUCCAAGGUGUUCAGCUACGGCUCCUUGGGGGUGGCGGAUGCGCACCGCUUUUUCCUGCCCGAGUACGAGCUGCUCGACUUUGUCGUCCAGUCCAGCUUCACGAUGCCCCUGCAGGAGUACUCGGAGCUCUACGGCGUGGUCCCGAUGCGGGACAUUUACAAAGAUCGGGUGUGGCCCGUGCCGCACGACUUCAUCCCCUACGACGUGUUCGAGCGGCCGUACGAGUGCGCCACCGAGCUGCCCAAGGAGGCGAGCAAGCGGCAACAUGCAGGGGCUGCCAGCGCCGCCCCCAGCACGAUCAGCUUGCAGCAAGUGAUUCAGUAAAAUAAUCAUUUUACUUACUCGAUGAAUUCCAAUAAAAGCACUUUAGUCAAUCGA